AUAUUUAAAAUGUGAAAGUUUUAAAUAAACACGUCUAUGAAUGGUUUAACAUCAAAGAAAAAAUAGGUUGAGAUUAAAUUCAAAAACUAACACAGAAGAAAAAAAAAAAAAAAAAACUUUUGAGAAUAACAUUAAACCCGAUAUGAUAUCAGCAUUCUGUAAAUAAUUUCUCCAUCCGAGUAUGGGUUGCUCCACUAUUUAUGCAAACGCUUUGAUUCAUAUGCAAUUUUAUUGGUAACCUAACAACUGGGACACUUGUUAAUCCACCCCUCACCUCUUUAAAUGUUUGCAGUUAGUUGGUGUAUCCGCCACAGCUCCAUAAUAAAUCCACACACCCGAAUUGCAAAACCCCCCAAGAAAAAAAAAAAAAAAAAAAAAGCCAAGCACAACCCUUUCUUUUCUUUUAUAUCCUCAGAAACUGUACGGUCCUUCUAUGGAUGUUGGCGUCUUCUCGAAGAGGAAAAUUCCCAGGAAAAUGGAUCUUCAUCAAACACCUUGCUCUGUCGUCGUUUCUCCUCAAAAAGCUUACAAGAAUAAGCAGAAGAAGAAGAAAGGGGGUGAGCUCGAGGAUCAUGGCACCCAGAACGAAGCGAAUAAACGGUACGCUUUUAUGUCGUUUUGGGAGUUGCCGGAGUACAUGAAGGAUAAUGAGUUCAUACUGCGUUAUUACCGUGUCAAUUGGCCUCUUAAAGAAGCUCUCUUUAGCAUUUUUCGUUGGCAUAAUGAAACGCUUAAUAUAUGGACACAUCUACUUGGAUUUUUACUUUUUGGGGGGUUGACUAUGGCGAACGUAUUGGAAGUUCCUCAGGUAGCGGAUCUUCUCGGCCUGUUUACCAGGUCAAUUCUUACUAGUGCAAAGGCAAAUGUUUCCAAUAAUUCAAAGGAAUUCUUCUCGGGAACUACAAAACUCCUAGAUUUGAAGCAGGUAACAUCUCCAAAAAUGGACACAAAACUGCCAGGAACAUCUGUCAUCCGGUGGCCAUUCUAUUUAUUCUUAGGCGGCUCUAUGUUCUGCCUCCUUUCAAGCAGCAUCUGCCAUCUCUUUUCUUGCCAUUCACGCAAUCUAAACAUUAUCUUGCUACGCAUAGACUACGUGGGUAUCACCACAAUGAUAAUCACCUCAUUUUUCCCUCCAAUCUUUUACAUCUUCCAAUGUGACUCACAUUGGCAAUAUGUAUAUCUUGGUGGAAUCACAGCAAUGGGGAUUUUUACCAUUAUAACAUUGCUUUCUCCGACUCUGUCGACCGGAAAAUGUCAUGUUUUCCGAGCUCUUCUCUUCUGCUCAAUGGGGCUUUUUGGCAUCGUCCCCGCAGUACAUGCUUCAAUUGUGAAUUGGAGUAAUCCCAAGCGAUACACAGUUCUAGCUUAUGAAUCUUCCAUGGCUUUAUUUUACUUGACUGGCACUGGUUUUUACAUUAGCAGGAUUCCAGAGAGGUUAAAGCCUGGAUGGUUUGAUCUAGCAUGCCAUAGCCAUCAGAUUUUCCAUGUUUUUGUGGUAUUGGGAGCAUUGGCUCAUUAUGGUGCUACCCUUGUAUUCUUGGAGUAUCGUGACCGUGUGGGAUGCUAAGUAAAUCAAAUAUAUACACCCAGUAUAAGUAACGUGUUUUCUUUUUUUUUUUUUUUUUUUUGUCAUAAUUGGCUGAGAUCAAAUCAAACACGAGAUUUCAUGGCCUGUAAAUAACUUCAAUAUUAUUGAGUUAAAACUCAUUGAUCUU